AUGCCAAACCCCUUCUUACAGAGCGGCACUGACCGUGGCGUUGAUGGUGGUGGUGGAACAGGUCCUGAUAGUCGAAGCAGGAUCAUCAGUGGCUCAGGACAUACCCACCCUUCUUCCCUGGAAUGCAAGGCUGGAGGCCACUUAAAAGGGCAGGCUGUUCUGCACACAGGAAGGCAGUCCGGGCAGAACUUGUGCCCCGCAGGCACUUCUGGGGGCUCACGCUCCUUCACCCUUUCAAUGAACCCUCGCCUGCAUUCCUGCCUGUACCGUGGCUGCUAUGGUACCAUCAUGACCAUGGAGACCUCUGCUGCUACCUGUGAUAUCACCAGGGUAAUUAACUGUGGCAUCCGUAGUUUUGAAAUGUUUGCUGAGAUGGAUUUGAAGGUCUUCAAGUCUUACAUUCUAAUCAAAGAAGUCAGGCUGAGGCACUGCAUGGACCCUGCUCUCACUGCAGCCAUCAUUUCCAGAGAAAGCCAUGGCGGAACCAUCCGGCAAGACGGCUGGGACCACAAAGGACUUAAAUUUGGCUUGACGCAGGUACAAAAAAAAAUCCAUCGACCUGUUGGUACCUGGGACAGCAAAGAACACCGUUUGCAGGCUGUUGGGAUUCUCACAGACAGAAUUAAGGCAAACCAGAAAAAAUUCCCCACGUGGAGUGUGGCUCAAUACCUCAAAGGUGGUCUCUCAGCCUUCAAGUCAGGAACUGAAGCCACUGCCACCCCCGCGGACAUAGAUGACGUCAUCAGUGAUACUAUAGCUUGAGCUAAAUUCUAUAAGAGACACGGCUUCUAGGCAAAGCUCUGUGGGUGGGCCAGGUUGGCAGGUGCUCAGAUAGCCCCUCUUCGAGGGUUUGAUAUGGUUGUGUUGUACCCAACACUGGCAAAGGAAUGGUUGCACUUAUGACAGAAAAUUCAUUUCUCACUUUUCUUCAUGCAAAUAAGCAUAAAAAAAGGAAAAUCUACCCAGUUCACAUUACGGUUCCCAUGAAAUAUGCAUAAACAUAUGCAUAAUUAUUGUGCAGUAAAUGUAAAUGUCAUAGUAAGUGACAUAUUCUUAAGAAUAAGUCCACAUAUUGCAGCAAGGCCUCAUUUUAGCCCAUGAUUUCUUUUCUUUACUUUUUUUUUUUUUUCUUGGUUAUACCACAUGGCAUGUGGGAUCUUAGUUCCCCAACCAGGGAUCAAACCCAUACCCCCCUGCAGUGGAAGCGUGGAGUCUUAACCACUGGACUUCCAGGGAAGUCCUAGCCCAUGAUUUCAAUGCCCACCCACUCCCUGUCUUACCAGAAUUGCUAACAAGAAGAGAGCCUGACCUGAGCCUUUGUCCUUUUCCUAGUAUCUGCUCAAGCUACUAGGGCUUUGCUUGUGAGGAAUGCCUGACUCCCAAGCCGGUCAACCUGGGAGGCCAUGGAGAAACCAGGCUGGAAUUCUAGCUCCCUGGGUACCUGAGAGCCAACUGUGGUGAAGCUGAUCUUCCUCAAGGGA